AUGUCGUGUGUUUUGCCACCAUCAGAAAUGGAAAUCAGUAACGCAGGUCACAGGUAUAAGGUUGACAUCCUGUACGGCCCGACCAAAGUCUGUGGAGUCCUUAAACACCGCACGACAAGGGUCGAACAUAUCAAAGAGAAACUGGAAAAACUUGGAUUUGAGGUAAAACUCAGGCGGACUAUUGACUACGAGAUGGUGAUAUUCGCGUUCGAAGGUCAUACGGUUUUCACGUGCCUAGCAACCAACCUGUCGGUCUUGGGAUGUUCAACCUAUGACCCCACUGCGUGCCGACUGAUCAAACUGAUGUUGGCCGAACGAAAUCAUGCUAAAUUAAGGUGUAAACUAUGUUAA